AUGAGAGAAGAGGUGUUUGUUGAUCUUAUCAAGAGGUUUGCAUCCAUGGAGGGAUCAGAGAUCAAUUUCUUGGAGAUGUUAAGCGAAACCACGUACGUUGUGAUUGCGAUGGCGGCCAUAAGGGAUGUGAAUAAGCAAUAUGUGGCUUUCGUCGAUAAGCUAGAUGAGACACUUGAGAAUGUCAUCCGCCAGCAUAGAAUUGCCGAUUCUCACAACCAUGAAGAUCUCCUCGAUGUUCUUCUCAAGUAUCACCAAGAUGGACUUACAAUUGACAACAUCAAGUCUGUCGUCUUGGACUUGUUGGCUGCUGGAAGUGACACAUCAUCCACACUAGUGGAAUGGACCAUGUCUGAACUCCUCAAAAAUCCAAGAAUACUUGAAAGGACACAACAAGAGUUUAGGAAGGUUUUUGAUGAAGAGGGACACGUGGACGAGUCGCACAUUCCGCAGCUCAAGUACUUGAAGUCUGUUGUGAAAGAGACUUUGCGGAUGCAUCCGCCAGCACCUUUGUUGGUUCCUAGAUUAUGCGAAAAAACAUAUAAUUAA